AUGUUCCCGCCCCCGGAAUUGAAGGCCGUUUCGAAGGAAGUCGCAGAGUUGCUGAAGGAGAGGGGAGAGACGCUUUCCGUUGUUGAGACGGCUGCGGGAGGUUUGACCUCGGCCGCCAUCCUAGCCACGCCUGGUGCGAGUUCAAUCUUCAAGGGCGGUCUUCAGCUCUACACCCUCGAAUCGCGCGUCGCCUACGGCGGCUGGACCGAAGAGAACCUCAGGAACUACGCCGGCCCGACGCCCGAGAUCGUCAAGGGCUUGGCCGAGCACGUGCGCGGCACCCUCACCACCACCUACACCGUCUGCGAGAGCGGCACCGCCGGCCCCACCGGCGGCGAGACGAAGAACAGGACGCCUGGCUACGUCGCACUUGCAGUCACCUCGGCGGCCGGCACGGUGACGAGGGAGGUCGACACGGGGCUGGAUGGCGACAGGGAGGCAAACAUGCUCAAGUUCGCGGUGGAAGGCCUGACGCUGCUGCGGGACCUAAUCAAGGGUGACGUGAAGCCUUGA